AUGCAGGGCUUCAAUAUGGGACGUUAUGUCCCUCCGGACCAAGAAGGUAUCAUGAGUGGGAACCAGCUUCACGGCAAAAAUGCACUGGGAGCUCGCGCCAACAAAAUCGCCCAAGGGAUUCUGACGGUGCGCUUCGAAAUGCCAUAUCCCAUCUGGUGUACCACAUGUCCCAAGCCCUCCAUCAUCGGCCAGGGGGUGCGUUUCAAUGCGGAGAAGAAAAAAGUGGGAAACUACUUCUCAUCGCCCAUCUACAGUUUUCGGAUGAAGCAUGUUGCCUGUGGUGGUUGGAUUGAGAUCCGUACAGAUCCAAAGAAUACGGCCUAUGUCGUCACCGAGGGCGCACGAAAGAGAGAUCUGGGAGAGGAUAAGGUGAUGGACGGCGAUGUGAAAAUCAUGACCCAGGCAGAGCGAGAAGCCAUGCGGGACAAUGCUUUUGCCGCGCUGGAAGGCAAGGUCGAAGACAAGAAGAGGCUGGAGUACAGUAAGAAGAGACUGGAAGAGUUACAAGACCUGUCGGAGCAGCAGUGGGAAGACCCUUAUGAGCAAAAUCGAAGACUGCGCAAAUCUUUUCGCGCAGGUAGAAAGGAGAGGGAAGCCGCCGCCGGUGUGACCGCCGCUCUGCAAGAAAAGAUGAGCCUGGGUCUCGAGCUUCUACCGGAACAUGAAGACGAUGCAAAGAGAGCGGCCUUCAUCGAAUUCGGUGAGUUGGAUUCUAAAAGAGGUAUUGAAAAGGCUAUCAGCAAACCACUCUUCGCCGAGAAGGAGCCUCAGAUGAAAAGCAGCAUGGCCAAACAGGCCAAAGGAAAGCUGAAAACUGAGAAACUCGCUGAGCAAAGAAGAGCUAAUAUUGCAGCCGAAAUACGAGGGAAUACGAGGGCCGCCAUGGACCCUUUUCUGCCAGGUUCAAGAACUCACGCAGACUCAAGCUCGAAACUUGUGCUUGCUGGUGUCAAGAGGAAGAGGCCGGGCCCUGAGAUGAUUUCUCCACCAGUAGAUGUGUCAGAAACAUCGAGGGCGCCUACAGCUCUGGUCGACUACGACUCUGACUAA